UAGCUCCCCGACCAAUCGGCGGCCCGCGCCUCCCGGGGCGCCCCGCGCGGGUCUGACCUCCCCCACCCGAGGGGCUCGCAGAGGGCGCGCGCGGCCGGGCGAACAGCGCGUGAGGCGGGCGGGAGGCACCGACGGGAGCCGGAAACCCUGGAACCCCCAGCCCAGCGCCUCACAUCCCCUCCGCCGGGGACCCCGAAUCCUGCCACCCCCUAACCUGAUGGACCCCCAAGGCCCUCAGCCAGGGACCGCGGGCGCCCCAAAUCCCCAACCCCAGACCUCGGCCCGAGACCCCAAAACUCCUCGGCCCGAGACCCCAGACCUCGGCCUGAGGGACCCCAAAACUCCUCGGCCCGAGACCCCAGACCUCGGCCUGAGAGACCCCAAAACUCCUCGGCCCGAGGCCCCAGACCUCGGCCUGAGGGACCCCACUCCUCCGCCACCCGUGGGGAAGUCCCUCCCUCUGACCGGCGGGGCCUGGACAGUCCACAGGGUCGCACCCACCCCCCGGGUCCAGCGCUCCCAUCUCAGCGCCAGGGGGCAGGAGGGACACGGCCAGAAGGGGAUGCCCAGGUUGCCUGUAAAUAAUGAAUCUAGUUUGAAGGAAUCGUCAGGAAUAGCAAAUUUGCUGAACACAACUGGCUCAGAGAAGGACAAGAAACCAUCAUUCCCUCCUAAAGAAAUGAGGACGUCUGGACAGCACUCGACACGAAAACUGGGACUUACAAGAAAGAAAAUUGAAGUGAAGAUGUACAGCUUUCGAAAAAGAAAGAGUCAGGCAUACAAAGAGUGCAGUGAGCCUCAGGAUGACAACUACCUCUAUUGUGAGAAGUGUCAGAACUUCUUCCUUGACAGCUGUGCUGUUCACGGACCACCCGUAUUUAUAAAGGACAGUGCAGUGGACAAGGGGCAUCCCAAUCGCUCAGUCCUCAGCCUGCCCCCUGGGCUAAGAAUUGGACCAUCGGGCAUCCCUGAGGCUGGGCUUGGAGUAUGGAACGAGGCAUCAGAUCUGCCACUGGGUCUGCACUUUGGUCCCUACGAGGGCCAGAUCACAGAAGAGGAGGAGGCAGCCAACAGUGGAUACUCCUGGCUGAUCACCAAGGGGAGAAACUGCUAUGAGUAUGUGGAUGGAAAGGAUAGCUCUUGGGCCAACUGGAUGAGGUAUGUGAACUGUGCCCGGAACGACGAGGAGCAGAACCUGGUGGCCUUUCAGUACCACAAGCAGAUAUUCUACCGCACCUGCCAGGUCAUCAAGCCUGGCUGUGAGCUGCUGGUCUGGUAUGGGGAUGAAUAUGGCCAGGAGCUGGGGAUCAAGUGGGGCAGCAAGUGGAAGGAAGAGCUCACAGCAGGGAGAGAGCCAAAGCCAGAAAUCCAUCCCUGUCCCUCGUGCUCUCUGGCCUUCUCCAGUCACAAGGUCCUCAGUCAACACAUGGAGCGCAGUCACUCCUCUCAGAUCUUCCCAGGAGCACCUGCAAGAAAUCACCUGCAACCAGCGAAUCCCUGUCAAGGGAAAGAGCAUCAGAAGCUGUCUGAUCCACAGAGCUGGAAUGACAAAACUGAAGGUCAAGACGUCAAAGAAAAGUCCAAAUUCUCAUCCAAAAGGACAAGGCAGAAGGAGAUCUCAAGGGCUUUUUCCAGCCUUCCCAAAGGACAAGUGGAGACCUCAAGGGAGGGUGAGAGAAUGAUAGAGGAAGAGCCUAGAAUAGGCCAAGAACUGAAUCCAGAGGACCCAGGCAAAUCAUCUGUGGGGGCAGGGCUGUCAAGAAUUGCGGGAGUCAAGUAUGGAGAUUGUAGGCAAGGCCUCAGUAACAAGUCACACCUCAUUAAUGGCCAGAGAGCACACACAGGGGAGAAGCCCUAUGCUUGCAGGGAGUGUGGGCGAGGCUUCACACAGAAGUCAGACCUCAUCAGGCACCAGAGGGCACACACAGGGGAGAAGCCCUAUGCUUGCAGGGAGUGUGGGCGAGGCUUCACAGUGAAGUCACACCUCAUCAAUCACCAGAGGGCACACACAGGGGAGAAGCCCUAUGCUUGCAGGGAGUGUGGGCGAGGCUUCACAGUGAAGUCACACCUCAUCAGGCACCAGAGGACACACACAGGGGAGAAGCCCUAUGCUUGCAGGGAGUGUGGGCGAGGCUUCACAGUGAAGUCACACCUCAUCAAUCACCAGAGGACACACACACGGGAGAAGCCCUAUGCUUGCAGGGAGUGUGGGCGAGGCUUCACAGUGAAGUCACACCUCAUCAGGCACCAGAGGACACACACAGGAGAGAAGCCCUAUGCUUGCAGGGUGGAUAGGACUACUUCCGAGAGGGAGGUCAGGGACUCCUUUAAUGCCCUGAUUGUUCAAGGGCGCGUAGGUCGUCAUUCAUGGCCUGAUGCAGGGACAAGUACUGGUCUGUACGUAUUACAGCGGUAG